UCCGCAGCGGCGCCGGCGCGGCCCCAGCGCGGCCGCCGCCCCUGAGCCAUGUUGCGCGGCCUGGGCAGCUGGCUGGGGCUGGAGCGGGCGGGCGAGGAGCAGCUGCUGCCCGCCGGCAAGAGCAGCGGCCCCGCGGAGCGGGAGCAGGACCAGGAGGAGGAGGAAGAGGCGGGGUCGGCCGGACAGGAGCAGGGCGAGCUGCAGGGGGACUCGGAGGCGCUGCUCAGCCAGGCCAAGGGGUUCGGCAGUUACCUCUUCAAUUUUGCCUCUGCUGCUACAAAAAAGAUAUCUGAGUCUGUUGCUGAAACAGCACAGACUAUAAAGAAGUCUGUAGAAGAAGGAAAAAUUGACAGUAUCAUCGAUAAGACAAUUAUUGGAGACUUUCAGAAGGAACAGAAGAAAUUUGUCCAAGAGCAGCAAAACAAAAAAUCAGAAGCAGCAGUGCCUCCCUGGGUAGAUAGCAAUGAAGAAGAGACAAUUCAACAACAAAUACUGGCCUUAUCAGCAGAUAAACGGAAUUUUCUGCGGGAUCCUCCAGCAGGUGUGCAGUUUCAUUUUGACUUUGAUCAAAUGUACCCUGUUGCACUGGUGAUGUUACAGGAAGAUGAGCUUCUCAAUAGGAUGAGGUUUGACCUUGUUCCCAAACAUGUAAAGGAGGAAGUGUUCUGGAGAAAUUACUUCUACAGGGUGUCCCUAAUUAAACAGUCUGCACAACUCACCGCGCUUGCAGCUCAACAGCAAGCAGCAGGAAAGGAAGAGAGCAAAAGCAGAGAAGAGGCUAGUGAACUGAAAGAAACAGUACGGCCAAAAACACCACCUGUUACAAUAAAGCCUCAAAUAAAAUCACAAGAGGAUGAGGAAGAGAUUUCUACAAGUCCAGGUGUAUCAGAAUUUGUGAGUGAUGCUUUUGAUACCUGUAAUCUGAAUCAGGAAGAUCUAAGAAAAGAAAUGGAACAACUAGUGCUAGACAAAAAAAAAGAAGAGACUUCAGUAGUAGAAGAAGAAACUGCUGAUUGGGAAAAGGAAUUACAGCAAGAGCUUCAAGAGUAUGAGGUGGUGACAGAAUCAGAAAAGCGUGAUGAAAACUGGGAUAAAGAAAUAGAAGAAAUGCUGCAAGAAGAAAAUUAAGCAUUUUCACAAAAUCACUAUAACCCAAAGCUCUUUCAGAGGACUGACAUGGAUUUAUGCUUUCAUAUCUUGCUUACAAAAGUAUCUUCAGAAGACAUAAAAUAAUCCUAAAGUUGUUAUAAUUCCAUAUGGGAAUACAACCAGUAUUUCUGUUCUUUAUAUGAGCAGUUUCUGAACUUCUAUAUUCUUCAAAAGAAAAAAAGAGGAGGUAGAUACUGCAGGUUAUAAUUAAAAGAGAUAACAUUAAUACAUGAAGCAGUGGUUCAGUUUGAGGCAUUUUUAGGUGAUCAAGAAGCUCUUCAAAGAGAUUUCUAAAUCUAAGAAUCGCUUUUUUUUUCCCCUCUUCCCAGCCUUCUGUUUGGGAUGCAAAAAUGGAUGUUGUAAGUAACUUAGUCCUUGACAACAAUUCUCUCUUGACAUUUGCACUCUGAUCCCUGUAUAAUCUGUAAAUGUGUACUAUUUUUAAGGUACUUGUAGUUGGUAGAUUCCACAUGUAUUUAACUUUUUUGAUGUAUGUAGCCAAAGAAUUUAUAGAAAACCCUAUCAAAUAACUUUCAAGGAUUUGGUAAAACAUACUAAUGCAGACUCCAAAAGAAGCUGAUUAUUUAUCAGUCAAGCAGCAAACAUUUAAGCAUUUAAGUUAGGGUAGAAUUAGCAACUGUUUGAAUUAAAUUUGGGGUUGUUAAUCAUAUUGAGAUACUGCCUUUCCUCACAGAGAGUAAUGGUUUAAUGCAUUCUUUCUGCAGAAGGCUGUUAUGUUUCCAUUUAAUUUUACUGUAUAAGCUGAGAGCAAAUUAAAUAUUUCUUCUUAUUUUAAGUGCUGAAACAUUUAUGUAAAAACUUUCACUGGUUUGGACAUCUUUAUUAAAUAGUGUAAAUAUGUAUAAAAUUGGCUCAUUUAUUUGGAGGGGGGACAGUGAGGAGUAAAUAUGCUUCAGAUACAUAUUUUAAAAAUACACUUUUUUACAGUGCUUAAGACAUAGAAUUUAAAUUUAAAAACAGAGGGUUUUUCUCUAAAAGGUUUUUGAUUCUUCAUAGGUAUCUGGAUGUUUCCUGUGGUUAUACCAUCAAGUCAGUUCCUUUAUAUAUAGAUAAAUGAAAAUUUUAUGUUCUGUUUGUCGUCUGUUUGAUAAACUUCUAUGACAAAAUAUUCAUGAAAUUCCAAAUACAAAGGAAAAUGGGUAACAUUGAGUAGGUUGGAGCCAUUAAGCACAAUUGAAUUAUAGCCAUCUUACAUGUAGUAAGCUCUGUCUUAAUGACAUAAUUCUGCAGAAAACUUUUGUAAAGAGACUAAAGAGAUUGUAGCUGUAAUUACUCAGUCAAUAUUCAUCCUGUGGGAAAUGAAAAGAGCUGAGUACAGUGCUGUUACUGUAAGAAAGGACUAUUUUAAAUGGUCUCCAUUAGCAACUUGGACAGAAAGUUCUCUAUUUCUCAUUAUGGAAAAGCAAUUGUUUUAAACCUGCAUACAUUUGGCUUCUCAAAUUAGUUUAUUGCCAUACUCUUUCUCAACUGCAAACCAUUUUAAGCACAAUUUAUAUUUUUAUUGUGUUUUUCACUUAGUUAACAGAUGUGAGGUAAGUCACGGUAAGUAAGAGGUACUUAAGGAGCUUUUUAUAUCUGGGAUUAAUUAAAGACAACAAAAGUUAAAUCUGUUAUGCUUAUAAAAAUAAGACUAUUCACAGCUCGAUGGUUACUCUUGACAAAUACAGCUGCUGUAGAUUUAAGCUGGAGAUAUUAGAAUCUGUCUACUGUGCAGUUUGAUGUGAUGCCUUCUAAAAAGAUGGGUAGUUCUAUUCUGAUGGUGGCAAAUAUUCCCUGGAUGACUGAGAGCUCCAAAAUCGCUGUUCCAAAAGUCCACUUUCUUAAAAAUAAGCCUGAUCAUUCCUAACGUACUCAAGUAUGAUGUAUGAUGG